CCCAGAAAAUUCAGUACACAACCAAAAUGAAGACGUUGAUCGUAUUACCUCUUCUGUUCGCGCAAAUUUUUUGCAUUAGCGACCGGGAGCUUUUCAACAAAGGGAAAGACAUGUUGAACCAACCUGAGAAGCUUCGAAAUAUGUUGGAAAGUGGAGAUCUCGAUUCGAAUAUGAUUGGACCCAUUUGCAAUCGAUCUCUUCUAAGUUGGGCAGCUCAAAAAGGGUUGCCUAUUGCUGUGGAAACUCUAUUACAAUAUGGUGCAAACGUUAACUUCAGAGACCGGAAGAAGAGGAAAACUCCAUUUAUGAUCGCCGUGGAUUUUGGUCAAGCAGCUGUGGCCAAGCUGCUGAUGAAUUCCGGUACGAACCUUAGUUUGAUGGAUCUUAAUGGUCUAAAUGGUUACGAUUACAUGAGGAAAUGCAACUGCAAUCUUUAAACAAAUUGAUAAUUAUUUAAUUUGUUGAAAACUUAAUU